CAGAAAGAGGUGCUCGGCACUGCCUUCAAGUGCGUAUUCUGCAACCACGAAAACUCCGUCUCCGUCAAGAUCGAUAAGAAGGCUGGCGUUGGAAAUCUGAGCUGCAAAUCAUGCUCCCAAUCCUUUCAGACUGGCACCAACUAUCUCUCCCAACCUGUCGAUGUCUAUUCGGACUGGAUCGAUGCAUGCGACACCGUUGCCAAGGAGACCGCGUCAGGAACCGCGCAGCCGGCGACUUACCGGCCAACUGCCUCCGCCGCAGCAUCACGUGCAGGACUUGCGCCAGGCGAGACGUACACGGAUGAAGACAAAGGGUUCAUAGAUGACGAAGGAGUGGAAGACGAGGCAGACUAUGCUGAUGACUGA